CGCUCGACGUGCAUGGACCUCCUCAGCAAAUAUGAAGCUUUAUCCGUCACUUCUCAAAGGACAGAUGUCGCAACUGUCCUUAGAUCAAUCAUAAAUGGCUCCUUCCUCCUGCCGAACAACGAUCGCGAUCGUCUCGUCGGCCUCCUUCUCCACGACGUCGAGGCUGCCCUAGACCGUUCUGACAAGAAAGCUCGGCUGUCCAGAAAAGAUGCUGGUCUUGCGCUAUUGGCGUUGAAGACACUUGGACGUGCACCUGCUGCGUCGGACAUCAUUGCUAGGGAAUCCAAUCUCCGAAUUCUUCUAAGUACGACCAAAUCACUUCGUUCGUCUGAUACAGAAGCCGCGGAUGAUGCAUUGCGAUGUGUUGCUAACGCUUUGUUACUCGUUGAACGAGGGAGGGAAACGUGGGUUGAUAUACAUGGUGGAGCUUAUUGUGUUGACCUCCUCGAAAAAGCCCAAACCCCAACACUCGUCUUCCUAUGUAGUCGAAUCCUCUUCCUCUCCACCGCCUCCCCUACAUCCGCUCUCCUCCCGGCCUUACUCGGACGUCAUUCCAUUUCUUUUUCCUUCCCUCAACGUAUAAUGGAGAAAAAUGGGAAUCAGGAUGUUGUGGUGAUUGUGUCGAAGCAGCUUGAUUUUUUGUUAAAUGGAGUGUUGGUGGGGACGCCGAUGAGUAAGGAAGCGAUGACGGAUUUGUUGAAGUUUUCGUUUAAUUUAUUGUGUCAUUGGCCUAAAAUUGCUCCAGACGCAGAAGAUGUCCGACCAAGGAAUGGGAAUGGGAACAACGACCUUCCUCCCAACUCGGUGAACUCGCAUAUUGAUAAUCCUGUACUCGGUGAACGUUGGUCAAGACGACUAGACGGGUUCUUACCAGCUCUACGCCGAGUAUUCCUAAACCUUCCACCAAUGUCUCCUUCACCUUUGACAGCUCCUGUGACGCAUGUCUUACAUGCGCUCUUACCAAUCCCGAUUGAUGAGAAGUUGUAUUCGGUUUGGUUCCCGGAGGGUAACGAAGGUUCGAGUGGUCGCUCAACUCCACGUUCGACGAACUCCUCGCCGACGACUGGUGAAGCCCACCCUCGUAUUUCUUGCUCUUCGGACUCUCCUACAAGCGGACCUUCAACGACAACAACUAGAUCCUCAAAAGAAAAAGAAGGUCCACUCGAUAGGGCACUGUCGAUGCUCACACCUCGUCUUUCCCUUUCGCGGUCUCCUUCGCCCGUCUCUCCUGUUGCACGCGACUCCAUCUCCUCCGAACAACAUCCUUCCACCUCCCCCUCGACGGCGGGUCCAGUAACACCAAAGUUCAUUCAACGCGGUCUGGACCUCCUAGACGUCUCACUCGCACAUUACCUCCCUGGGAACGUCGACCCAGACGACGCGUCUGUCAAAAACAUCUGUUCAGAUGAAGAUGUUGUGUUGGAUCAUAUACUUUCUCCACUUGUGUUGUUGUUGAAUAAGUUGUGUAAGGGGAGUGGAGAGUGUAGGAGGGCUGUUUGUUCAAGGGUCUUGCCUGUAGACUUGGACCGUACGAAACCACUUGAAGGACGAGCGGAUACGUUGGGGAGGUGUUUAAGGUUGAUGGCUUGUGUACAGCAUCAGCAGUUGAAAGAUGGGAUUGGGGAGUUGGUUUUCGUUGUUUGUGAUUCGGAUGCUACGGUGAUGUCAACCCAAAUUGGGUACGGCAAUGCAGCAGGGUACCUCUUCAAUCGUGGUAUACUCUCCGCUCCUCCUUCGACAUCCGUCUCAACCUCAUCAACCUCAUCCACCAGCUCUGCUUCCGCAUCCAUCUCUUCCAUCUCUUCCACCAACUCCUCUGGCCCGUCUCUAGCCAUCUCCACCGCAUCAGCAGAAGAAGAAGAAAGAGAAAGAGAAAUUAACCCGAUAACAGGCAUGCUAACCACCCCUCGCCCACCGUCUCCACAAAUGACAGAAGAAGAAAAAGAACGUGAAGCAGAGAAGUUGUUCGUACUUUUUGAGAGGUUGGAGAAGGCGGGUGGGAUGGAGAACCCGAUUAAGAAGGCGCUGAGGGAGGGAAGGUUGGAGAAGUAUGAAGAGGAGAGGAGGAGGAUGGAUGAGAGGGGCGGUGAGGAUGAUUUGGAUUGAACGAACGAAUGGGAGUUUGAGUAUGUUGGAGACGAGUGAGUGAGUAGUGAUGAUGAUGAACGACGAGCGAUGAAUGGUAACGAGAAACGAGAAACACGUGUGGUAAUGUUAGGAGGAGUGCGUAUGACGAAGCAAUAACUGCCCUCCCCGAUCACCAAUUAUUUAAGUUUUGUUUAAUUCGUAAUCUGUACCCUCUUCACCCCCUCUCUCCCUCAGUGUCUCACUACUUCCGUCAUCGUCAUUAUUAUUGUUGUUCUUCGGCCAAGUUUACGACCAUUAGUUUUUAGCCUUUAGUUUUUUUAAGUCCUAGUUUUACUUAUACCCUAAUAUUAAUUAAUGUAAUGCAAACACAGUUUGAGUGA